UAACAUGUAACUAUCACGUCCUUAUGCAUGACGAAUUUCCGAUUAUAAUUUUAAUAAAGAAACUUUGUUACGAUGUUUUAUACGACUUAACGUACAGUGAAUAAAAUCGAACGGGCAAAUUGGCAUAUCGGUAGUUAGGCAUAGAAUCAAAUCAACAUGAACACACAUCCUCUUAAAAUGGCACACACAUUGAUUUAUAAUAUACGUUUUCUUUUCACAAUAAUUCCAAUGAUAUUGUUAAAUUAUGAUCGUUAUUAUAUUAUAUCAAAUAUAGUUUCGAAUAUUUUUAUAUUAGAAUAUUGAAUAUUAUAAUGAAAUUAAUUUUUAUUCAGUAUGAAUUUUUGAUUAUUAAUUUAUUUCAAUAUAGAUAAUCAAUAAGAUAUUUAUACAUGAAACACUACGGUGAAAAGCAAGAUUGUAAAGUACAAUAAAAUGAAAUGCUUAUUAAACCGUUAAAUUUUGUUACCGUACGCUUCAACCGAAUGCGUGAUUUCAAAGACGUAGUCACAAUGUAAAAUUCAAAUAAGUUGCUUGCAGUGAUCAAUUCGGAGCGGUACUUUUCAAUAUGUGGAAUUUUUUCUCUUCGUUUAUUUUUGUACCCGUGAUUUUUUCUAUUAUUUGCUUACCUAAUAACGUAAAAUUACUUCCAAAUCAUGAUCGUCGGAAUACGAUAAGGCGAAGUUUAAAAUCAAAUAUGACUCAAACAUCUAUUAGUUAUAAACUUGAUACUUGGUCAAAAUAUGACAAUCCUGAGGAAGGUAUGCAUCAUGAAGGAGAUAUUCAAAUAUUAAAUACUCGAAAAACAAUCACAUCAUUUAAAAAAUUAUUAUGGCCAAAUGGAAUAGUAUAUUAUACUAUAGAUGAAGCUAUUGAAAACAGUCCGCAACAAUUUUCCGUUCUGCAAAAAGCAAUGAUGAUACUAAUGGAAAAAACGUGUAUUCAAUUCCAGCGAAUUUAUCCAAAUGAAAACGGACAAUAUUCAGUUGAAAGUUGGGUUAAUAUCGUAGGAAACAAAAGUGGAUGUUAUUCUGAUUUAGGACGUAAUUUAUUUGGCGGUCCAAGUGUUCUAAAUUUAAAUGUAAAUUUAUGUUUUGAUAUAAUAGGUCAUGCUCUUCAUGAAAUGUUACAUACAUUAGGUGCUUAUCAUGAACAUAUGAGACCAGAUCGUGAUCAACAUAUUUAUAUAUUGUGGGAAAACAUUAGAGAAGGAACUAAAUUUAAUUUUAAACUGUUAAAUACUAAUACAGUAACUGAUUAUGGAUUACCAUAUGAUUAUGAUAGUAUAAUGCAUUAUUCAAUGACAGCUUUUUCUAAAAGCAAAUCCUUAGCAACAAUAAUACCCAAGAUAAAUGGCAUGGAAAUUGGUCAAAGAGAUAGACUAUCUUAUUAUGAUGUUAAAAAAUUAUUAAUAACAUAUAAAUGCAGUGCGAUAUAUUACUAUAAGAAUGAAAGACUGUAUAAAGGCGAAUAUGAUAGAAUUGAAGUUGGUUCUUCAAAUCAAAUGAAUAAUAUAAGUGAAAUACAUGAAAUAACAAAUAUUACAAACUCUGUUACAGAAGUAGGACUAAUUAUAAAUCCUGCAACCUACCACGCAUAAAAUAUUAAAUAGAAGAGAUAAUAUAAGCUUAUCUACUAAUCAUUCACAAUUAAAAUAUCACUCAAAAAGUUCAGAAUAUAAUUCUAUGCAUCUAAACUUUACCAUCGUAAAUCAUCCAAUCCAUAAUUUUUAUUGUUAUGAAUAAUUUUUUAAAGGUAUAAAGAAAAUUAGAAA